AUGGAACCCUUACUAGCUUACGAGAAUAGAAAAGAGAGUCGAACCCCUAAAGAACUUGCUCUGUUAAAUGAUAAUGAAGAUGUUAUACAAAUGGAGGGACUUAUAAUGAGAGAGAGAAUCCUUGAAAAUGGCAACAAGGAACUUUGCUAUCCUUUAAAAUACCGUGAGGCUUUUUUCGCCGAUCAUGGGAAGUAUGACGUCUGCAUUGGUUUGUGGACACGAGCGAUGGAAAUGGCUAUGUUGUGCGAUGAUUCGAUUACAAAAGACCUUGAACGUUUUGUAAACGUAUUCGGAGAAAUGGCGCGCAAAGCUCGAAACCCAAGCUUGCAAUAUAUGGAGGUAAUCUUCAAAAAACUGGUUGCCGCAGGUGAAAGACUAAAGGAAAAGUAGGAGUUCUCAAAUUAACAUAGAAAACAAAACGAAGAACAAGAGCUCAUACUACUCCAUGUGCUUUAUAUUUUAUUGAUAUUUGUCAAAGUCCACCUUCCAGUGAAGAGACAAGACACGAAAAUUAUUUGUUUAAUCGAGCGAUUUUUGUCUUUAAACCAUCGGACUUGCGAUGGCAAUACCCUUUUUCACUUGGCUGCAUGGUACGAGACCCAAAUAUAUGACGACUUCGCAGGAAGAUUGCGAAGAGUAUGCUAUUUAUCAUGUGUUGAGACCGUGAGGUUUAUCAUCGAUUCUGGCGGACUUGUCAAUGCUGUGAAUAACGAAACAAAUACCCCUCUGCACUUAGCAACGAGUUAUAGACCCAGCCCUGAUGGCCUACGUGUGUUACGAGAGGUUUUGGAGGCCCUGUUGAAUGGAGGAGCUCAUGCAGAUAUGGUUAACAAAAAUAGGAAAACAGCCAUGGAUGUGGCUGAAACAGAUGAAGCACGGUCAAUAGUAUCUAAAAGGACUAAAAUAGAGUUAAAUUUAAAACGUAUCGCCGCCAGAGCUGUGCGAAAAUUUGGCUUGUCACAUGUUGGCUUAGUUCCUAAAGAUGUUGAAAACUUAAUUAUUUCCCACUGAAAGAAACAAUGAUCGAGGAACUCCUUCCUUGCUCACAUAGGUAUUCAUAUACCUUGACCCAUUGUCCAGAGACAGGUAUUCAUGAUGAGAAUAGCGCUUGUACUACUGCAUAAGUAAUAGUAAGGGCAAAGCUUUGCACAGCCGUCUCGUAGACACUUGGAAGAGCAACUGUCACAUCAACAUAUUUUUAUAUAUGUUUUUGUUAAGUUAGCAAAUUUAUUUAGAGCACAUAGCGUCCUCUGUCAGAGGUACUGUUUUUUUAAGUGACGUAUUUUCCUCAAAUCAGAAACAGCGAUAUUUUCUUUUGUUAUAAAUCGACUUGCCUUGAACUGUUCUUCCAAAUUGAAUUUGACGUUUGUUUGCUAUUGUGGUGGAACUCCCUCGUAAAGAGAGAAAGAUUGCAAAGCGUGAUCAAUUCUAAAUCGUCUGUAAUUCGAGAUCGGGAGUGAAAGUUCACAAACUGAAGCUACGAAGUCCACAGCAACAGGUCUCGUUAACAAUACACUUAGAUCUAAGACUGACCUUAAGUAGAUGCAAAAUUCAAAUGAUUUAGUACCACUGACUUCUUAAUCUUAUUUGAGAUCAAUUACAUUCUUUCAUUUAUCCUUUCUCCUCUUUUGUUAUUCAAAGACACUGAUGAUGUCAUAGCCAACAUACCAAACUCUCCAAAUGACCCUGAACAUAAUGACAUUCAAAAAGCAUUUUGUUACUUAAAACGUGGAAUGGAGGAGAGUUUUUAA